UUUUCGUAGGAUUUGUGUUUGAAGUCAAAAGUUGCAAAUCCAGGCAGGCACGAAAGUUAUUUGCAAUUUGGCCAAUUAGAAUAAUUAAUUAGAUAAUUUGUUUAAACGAUCGUUAACUUCGUCAAGUCUGGUUAGUAGGACAGCUUUAAAUUCAAAAUUUAAGUUAAAUUGGGUAUCAACUUAUUUGGUUAAAUGUGCUGAAAGAAAGUAGAUUUAUCUUAUUUUUCCUGCUAAAUUAAUUAAAUUGUAAUAAUUUAACGGAAUAAUUAAUUGGAGAUCAGUAAGUUAUAGUUUGUCUAACUGCUGAGGAAUUUGAAAUUAUGCUCAUUAUCGUCCUCCUCCGGUUCUUCAGGGUCACAAUAAUUGGAGGUCUAUAUUUAAAUUUUAAUUAAGUUAUAGUUCGUCUACCGACGUUUUAAUUGACAAUUAAAAAAAUGGCGUCUUCUUCCGGUCCGACCAAUUCACUUCCUCGUUUUCGAAAUUUGAGCGAAUGUAUGGAUUAUGACGCCGAACUGGCGGAAUUGCACGAGCAACGUCAACGUGAAUUGAGCCGAACAGCGGCACACAUGUUAAUCACCCCCCACACCGAUAAGCCAAGACUGCUCGCGCUGCACGAAGAAUACGUGCGACUCGGUGGUCCUCAAGGUUAUCGCGAUAGUGACGAGGACACCGAGGACGCCUCGGAGGAUGGCGACAUUCGCGAUGUGCGAAAUCCAUUUUUCACCGGGGGAAAUAACAACAACGUUCCGGGGGGAUCAACGUCGGCUGGUUUGCUGCAACCUUACUCGCACGGAAUGGGGGGAGGAGGAGGGAUGGGGGACAGUGGGGGUGGUGUGGUUGCAGAAGUGGAUGAAAAUCAGAGGAAAUUGAAGGAAGAGGCCUACUUUGAUAAGCUGAACUUGAUUAAGGGUCAACUUGAAGAGUUGGAAGCGCUCGACCACCCCGACUACAUUCAAGGCUUGGAGAAAUUGAGGAGGGAAUGUGACAAAAGGAUGGAGAUGAACACUGCUUCCACCGAGUAUGACAUGAUGUGCAUCGAGAGAGACUUUUCCGCAGAGCAGAAGCUUAUCGGGAGAGAGUUUGAGGACAAAAAGAUCGAACUCAGAGAGAGUUUGAUUAGUGAAUUGGAAGAAAAGAAGAAGCAAAUUGAGAUGGAACGUUACUCCUUCGAGCUGACAUCCGACCCUACCGAAGUCAAGCCGAUAAACACCCGGAAACUGCGCCGCCGUCCAAAUGACCCCGCUCCACAACCGGAGCGGAGGAAAAAAGUGCCCCAAUUUCAGGUCACGUUCCUCCUCGAUGAACCCGAAGUUGACGACGACUUGAAAUCGAUCCGAUGCCAUCUGCAGGGCGGGGGCGGUGGUGGAGGAGGCAGCGGUCGUGGCGGAGGUGCUACGUCCGGAAAGGGGAAAAAGUCUGACGGUUAUAACAGAAAAGUUUCUCGAAAUAAUUUAGCGGCCGCAAUAGAAACGGAUUACUCGGCGGAAGGAUCUCAUUCUGAUUCGAGGAUUGAGGAUGGGAAACUGUUUUAUGAGAAGCGAUGGUUCCACCGUGGUCAACCCGUCUUCGUCGAGGGUCAAGGAGUGUCCAAGGUUGGGGGCGUUAUUUGCAGCAUCAGUCAGGACUUGGUCUGGGUGCGUAAAGUUAACGACCAAACGAAAAUCCGGGUUCCGAUUUCAUCCCUGCAAAAGGGGAAGCUCUUUAUUAAACGGAGAGCAAACUAACUCCAUAUUUUUGAUGUAUUUGUACUUCGUAUUUUUUGUACUCUUUGUAUUUCUAAUUACUCCGAAUUUUGUUAUUAAUGAAUACUUAGCAAGAUAAGUAAUUAUCGAGAUAAUUAUUAUAUUAAUUAUAAUUAUUCUCUAUUUAUUAGCUCUAGCCAGAUUUGUCUUACACUUUUGAUUCAUUCAAAUUAAUUGACGAAAAGAUCGACACAUGUUUUGUACUUACAUAAACAAAUAUAUCUGUAUUUAGGCAUUGUAUAAACUUUAUAAAAAAUCGGAUGUAUAAGAAAGAAAUACAAACUGGAAAAAUUGUUCAUGAGAUUAUGACGUUUAAA